CACUCCAUGCGACUAUAGCGGCAGCACCAGCAGCAGCUUGUGAAUGGUCCCCGCCUCUCCGGGGAGUUUCCUCCACGGGGAACUUUUACUUUAUGUGCAGCACCUGUUGUGUCGCCAGUCGGCCGUCUGCGCUCGCCAAACAUUUGGAGCCAGCUCAAGACGUUCAUUUCCUUAAGAAAGUUGGACGCGCAACGCUACAAGUGCUAUUUUACCCAGAGUCGGUCGCUAUGUGUUGCGUUCCGCGAAUGGACUAUCUGUGUGUGCAAGGGAAAGACGAACACUUUGUAAACAGACAAAUGCACGUUUCGCGUCUCAGCAGAUCUUAAUUUACAGCAGUACACGUUUCCAACUGUCCUCUUGAACAGGUGUGCGCUCACUAAGUUAACUGCAAUUAAUGCUUAACUUUGCGCAGAUGCUCCUCGGGAAACUUUCCACAGAGAAGUUUUCGCAGUAGAAACUCUGUCCGAUCAGGAUUAUGUGGACUUUACUUUACGCGUGCCUCUUACUGAUGUGUCCAAAGUUGGAUACGCGUCUCACGAACAAUAUUUCUGCAUGGUGAUUCAAGCGACACAUACUAAGUGCCUAUAAGCACCGACAGCCACCAUUUAUCCAAAUGAUUCCAUUGCUUCUCUUGAUUCUUAUAUCGUCUCUUCAUCAGCAUGAGUCGGUGGCGGAAUCGAGUCACAUCAGUAAGGUUCACCACGCCAGUACGAAAGAGCAGAAUGGAGUGCAUGAGUCUCAACACGAGAAGGUCCUCAGUGUCACUGGGGAUGGAAUUAUUCAAAGUCCCGACUUCCCCAACACAUAUCCCCGGAAUACAGUUAUAGUGUGGCGGCUGGUGGCAGUCACAGAAAGUUCCAGGAUCCAGCUGACCUUUGAUCCUCGCUUUGGCCUGGAGGACGCCGAAGACGGCAUUUGCAAGUAUGAUUACGUGGAGGUGGAGGAGCCUGUCGGAGACGUGGUGUUGGGUCGCUGGUGUGGCUCAGAGAUGGUUCCAGGGCCCCAGGUGUCUAAGGGAAACCAGAUCCUGAUCCGCUUCGUCUCCGACGAAUAUUUUCCCUCUGACCCAGGAUUCUGCAUCCGCUACUCUUUGCUUCAGCAGAGGCAGCCGGAGCCUGAGGCCCCUGCAGCGAUGCCUGCAUGGAUGCAGAGUGUGGAUGUUUUGAGUGAAGCUGUAGCUGGAUUCAGCACGAUGGAGGAAGUGAUGAAAUACCUGGAGCCGGAUCGCUGGCAGGUGGACAUUGAUGACCUCUACAAGCCUACCUGGCAGGUUUUGGGCAAGUCGUUUUUUCACCAAAAGAAAGCCAGAGGAGUGGUGGACCUGAACCUGCUUCGUGAGGAGGUCCGGCUUUACAGUUGCACUCCACGGAACUUUUCCGUCUCAUUGCGUGAGGAGCUGAAAAGGACGGACGCCAUCUUCUGGCCCAGCUGCCUGCUGGUGAAGCGCUGUGGAGGGAACUGUGCAUGCUGCUCUCACAACUGCUAUGAUUGCCAGUGCUCGCCCACCAAAGUGGCCAAAAAAUACCAUGAGGUUCUGAUGCUGAAACACAGGGCAGGGGGUCGGGGGCUGCAAAAGACUCUAACGGAUGUCCCGCUGGAGCACCAUGAGGAGUGUAGCUGUGUGUGUAAAAAUGACUCAGACUAAAACAGUCCCAGGGAGAUGGCAAACAGCAACACUGGCCUCCAACAGACUCACCCAGGGAAAUAUUUCUUGCUUCGUGCAUAAGAGCAAAAGAGUUUUUUACCCUGACGUUGCAAACUAAUGAAACCCAGCGCUGGAUAUCUUUUUAUCUUGACUUAUCUAAGCCUGCAGUUCCAUGCGUUUUGGGUUCACAAAUCCAUAAAAAAUUGACCCGUGCAGAAGUUUCCACUGGCCCUGUGAUAGCAUGGAAUAUCUGGAGGAAAAUUGGACACGGUCUUGCUUCUGUGUGCAUGCGGAGGUUUGCGAACAAUGUGCGCAUGUACAUUCCUGAUUUUUUUUCAGGUUCAGGAAAUGAGGUAUUCCAGAAUAAGUGAGGUUGCUAUUACUUGCAGAACAAGUGGAUUUGGCGUGUUCUUUUAUAUAUUUUUUUUUUUUUGUUUUGUUUUCACAACUUAAAAAUAUCAAAGGACCUUGACUAUGUAUCCACUUUCAGCAGUCCAAGGACAGUUUGAAGGUAGCAUGGACUUUCUCCUCAAUAAAAUCCCAAAGAAAUGAAUUACACUGUGUCAUAAACCAGCACUCCUUCGCCUGCUCAUCACUGAAAUCAGACAUUUUCAUUAAUAAUUCAGAACAAAUAUUCCAGGGAAGAUAAGGAUGUCCCUCUUUUUUUAAAACCAGAGAUGAAUGAUCAUGCAUCUUUUGCUCUUUUACUAUGUACUAUGGACUCCAUUCAAGAGAGAACACUAAAAUACAAAAGUGAAUUUUGUGUAAAUAUAUUUCAAAUUGUGAUUUGUUGACUUUUCCUUCGUCAUUACUGUUUUUGCUAUCAAAGAAACAUUUUCCCCUUUCAUAAUCACUGUAGUAUUUCAGUAUUAGUCACUCUUUUUGUAGAGACAUUUAUACUUUUGUGUUGUUUGAAUAGUUGUUUUAAUUGCGUAAUAAGAUUUUGACUGGAGAUAAAAUGAAAACUGUUAGAUGUUCAUGUAAAUAGACUUUUUAGAAGUUAAAGGGACAUAGAACUGCCAGUACCAUAUUCCUCUACCAUUAAACGAUUAACUAAAUUGUUGUGGUUUUUCCAAAUGGCACUUAAAGCACUGGUUUGCUCAAGUAAUCUGCAGUUGUCACAAAAUUGCAAAGUACUGCCAGGGAACCCUAUAACCAUGAACUGUUAACUGCAAUCUGACUUCAGCCUUUGAGAGUAUAAUUAGAUGUAAAAGAUGAAUCUCUGCGUUAAAUCAGU